AUGGACUACGGUUGCAAUUCCCUCAAUAUCGUUGGUCAUAAAUUGCGAUUUGUGGCCUCUUUGUUUGGCAUGUCUUCCGGAGGAAUCUGA